AAAAGUAGUAACCCUCGUUCUAAAUCCAAUGAUCUAGCUCAAGCGCAUUGUUCUAUUAUUUUUUGCUCUCGCUUCGUGAAGAGUAUGCGCUAAUUUCACACGGUUUUUCUGUGAAUGAUUGAAAAAACAUAGAUUCAAGGUAAGUUUGCGCACAAGCUCAGAAUGUCUGGAAGGAGAAGGAAAAGCAUCAAAGGAGCUGAUGAUGAACAACAUACCUCUCCUCCAUCAUCACUGAAAGGGAAACAUAAGGCCACUCCAGGUGGCCACAAUGAAGCAGGUGGAAAACGCUCAUUCAGAAGCUGUGAAAAAUCGCGUUGUCCAGCUAAGCGACCUAUCUGUUUUGCAAGAUCUGAAAGAUGUGCGGGUGAUGGGUACACUUCACGAUGGUAUCAUUUGUCUGCCGGAGAACAUUUCUGUAAUGAAUGUUUUGAUUUCUACUAUAGAAGUCAUAGGGAUGGCUAUCAUAGGAUGGCUCUGUGGAAAAGAGAAUGGAGCUCAUAUGGAAAAACAGAGGCUAAUCUCAAGACUUACAUGGUGGAUGCUGUGAUGCCAUACUGGGUCCAGUGUACAAUGACAGAUUGCAGGAAAUGGCGAAUAUUGCCAAAUGAUGUGCAACUCACUACAGAUUUCAUUCAGAAAUACUGCUGUGGUAUGAUGCAAGAUGGUACACAGCCAAUAAAUAAUGAUGCCUGUAAAGAGAUGGAGGACCAUCGGGUUGAAGAGACUAAUGCUGACAACUGGUUGUCACUUCUAAUGAACCCUCCAUUGCUGAAGAACUCUCCGGCCGCUCCAUACCUUCAAGAAUACUAUCCUGACGGAGUUGGUCUUAGUGCAACAUGCAAAGUCGCAACGAUGGGAGUCAGAGGAGGACUACCAGAUGAUCACAUAGAUGGUUUACAUCCUUACUUUCAACCGUUCUACCAACCAGAAGAGAAUGGAAAAGCCUUGUGUGUUCGUCCAGAUGUUAUGGAAUAUGACGAAGUACAGGAAUUUCCUGAAUUUGCUCGAGAACAACAAAUGUACCUUGCCUUGAGAAACCUUGCAUUAGCCUUGUGGAAUACAAACUAUAAGGAAGUACUUACAGUUGAAAAGUGUGUUGCACAUUUAAUUGUGCGUGGCCUUGUACGUGUAGCCUGUGUCCGAUAUCUUAAAGUAAUACUAGCAUUCCUGACUAUUAAAGGACUGGUGAACACAGGACUUCUAAAAGACACAAAUUCCGCAAUUAAGGAGAUUGUUGAAAAUGCUGUCAAACUAGAGUCUGUGUUAAUUAUUGGUGCUGGGCCCUCUGGUUUAUCAGCUGGGCGACAACUGCAAAACUUUGGUGCGGACGUCACAAUAUUAGAGGCUCAAGAUCGUAUCGGUGGCAGAGUUUGGGACGAUACAAAUUUAGGAGUGUGUGUUGGAAAAGGAGCUCAGAUUGUGAAUGGCUGUAUCAAUAAUCCCAUAGCAUUAAUGUGUGAACAGGCUGGUAUUAAAAUGCGGAAGAUGCAUAUACGAUGUGAUCUAGUUGAAGAAGAUGGAUCCGUUACUGACAUAACCAUUGACAAAAGAGUUGACUUUCACUUUAAUGCGAUGCUUGAUGCAAUUGCCGAGUGGAAGAGGGACAAUGAAAACCAAUUGGAUGAUUUGUCAUUAGCUAAAAAGUUACAGGAAAUGCAUGAAACAUUUGUUGAAGAGACCAGUUUGAAAUUUUCAGCGAAGGAGGAGCGUCUUUUCCAGUUUCACAUCAGCAAUCUGGAGUACGCUUGCGGAUGUGAUCUUUCAAAGGUUUCGUCUCUACAUUGGGACCAAAAUGAGAACUUUGCUCAGUUUGCUGGUGACCAUACCCUCAUAGAAGAUGGCUACAUGGCUGUCCUGAAUAAGCUGGCUGACGGCUUGGAUAUCCGACUCAACACAGAGGUCACAUCUAUCGAUUACAGAGGCAAGCAAGUCAUUGUCCAAACAAAAAAUGGUAAAGAGUACAAAGCACAGAAGGUCCUUGUAACUGUCCCAUUAGCAAUACUCCAGCGAAAGAAGAUUGCCUUCAAGCCACCAUUGCCAGCAAAGAAACAGGCAGCUAUUAAUUGUCUGGGUGCUGGUAUAAUUGAAAAGAUUGGUCUUCAGUUUCCAAGCCGUUUUUGGAGCAAAAAAGUUAUUGCAACCGAUUACUUUGGUCACAUCCCACCAGAAGUUGAUAAACGGGGAAUGUUUUCUGUCUUCUACGAUAUGACGCCACCUAGGAGCUAUGAAAAUGAGCAUGUCUUGAUGACAGUAGUGAGCGGGGAAGCUGUACAGUUUGUCCAAUCAAAAACCGAUAAAGAGGUUAUAGAAGAAUGCAUGAAAUGUUUAAGGAGUAUGUUUCCAGAUGAGGAUGUGCCAGAUCCAUCAAAUUCAUUUGUAACCCAUUGGCACAAAAACCCUCAUGCUUUGAUGGCCUAUAGCUACAUAGGAAUUGGUGCAAGUGGUGAAGCCUAUGAGAUCAUAGCAGAGUCUGUAAAUAACAAAGUCUUCUUUGCUGGAGAGGCAUCCAACCGUCAUUUUCCACAGACUGUAACCGGUGCAUACUUAAGCGGCAUCAGAGAAGCUGCUAAGAUACUCAGCUGAAAUGAAACAUAUGUGCCCAAUAAAAGAAAUGUUCCAUGAUUCCCAAAUGACUUGCCGCCUUGUCUUUGUCGUAACUUCAGUAAAUUCUAAAUGUCUGCAAGGACAUCCCGAUAUGAUUGUUGCAGUAUAGAAGAGUGUCGGAUGAAGAGAUCAAAGAUAAGGCAUGAGAAUUAAAAUGAGUUAGGUAAAUUGAGAAAACCAAAACUAUAAUGAAUGGUAAAGAAAGAGCCACAUUGACAAUAAAUGUUGAAAAUGAAGUCACAAUAAAUAAUUAAUAAAAGAAGGUGAAGAUAUAGUGAUUACUCUGCUAAUCAAUCAUUGAAUUAAUUAGUCAAAGGUAAUUAUUAAUCCUCAAUAUUUUUCAUGAAUUUUUGCUUUUAGUCAAAUUUGCAAUUCAAUUAUUAUAAUCAUUCCUAGGUUAGUUUUUGUAUUAAAUAAUGUUUGACUGAGUUUUUGAUAAGGUGCUUUUCUCUGAGUCUAAGCCAGUGAUUUUGAUACUUUUUACUGUG